AUGACCACGAUUAAGAUCGAGAUCGAUCGAUUUGAUGGCAACGGCGAUUUCUAUAUGUGGAGGAAACGGAUGUACGCAAAUCUUAGCGUACUCGGAUUGAAGGAUGUUCUAUCGGAGGCAGCUCUGGUGGUGAUUCCUGCCGACGAAACUCCGGAAGCUCAAGCUCUGAGGCUUCAAUCAGCAGCGGAGAGGCUUGAGAGAUGUGAAAAGGCGAAGAACUUAAUCUUCUGCAAUAUCACGGAUCCGGUUCUCAGGAAGCACGAUGCAUGUGAAACAGCUGAAUCAGCUUGGUCAACCAUGGAGAUAUUGUAUCUUUCUAACUCAUUACCUAAUCGCAUACAUCUUCAAUAG